CCAGGCGUCCCAGGCGUCUAUAAAUAGCAUUUCCUCGGCCAUAAAAGGGAGGGAGUGGCGGGCGUUUGGAGCGAGAAGCUCUCUGCUUCCCUCGGCCGGAGCCUGCAGGCUGAGCCUCUCUCCUCUCUGCCUCUUUCCUUUCUCUCGGGGUGAACACAAAGAUGUCCCUUGUCACCCUGCCUUUCUACCAGAAGAGACACAAACACUUCGACCAGUCGUACCGUAAUAUUCAAACAAGGUACCUCCUGGAUGAGUAUGCAGCGAAAAAGCGUACGUCCACCCGGUCGUCCUCCCAGAAGACUGUCGCCCAGAAGUCGUCUUCCCAGAGAGCAUCCAGCCAGACGGCGGAAGGAGCGACGACCUGCAGGAUCUGUGCGAAGAGGGUGAGCGCCGCCCUGGAGGAGGAGGAGGCGCAGGAGACUAAGAGGAGGUACCAGUCGCUGGUGGCCGCCUACGGGGAGGCCAAGCGGGAGCGCUUCCUCCGAGAGCUGGCUCAGCUGGAGGAGGACGUGCACCUGGCUCGCUCCCACGCUCAGGACAAGCUGGACAGAUUCGCCCUGCAGCACAUGGUGGACGACAGGCUGGCCUGGGAGAGGCCCUCGUACGAGGAGCGGCUGAGUCGAGCGCCCGAGAUCCUGGUGCGGCUGAGGUCACACACCGUGUGGGAGCGGAUGCCCGUCAAGCUGUGUUUCACGGUGCAGGGCUUCCCCACUCCUGUGGUGCAGUGGUAUAAAGACGGCAGCCUGAUCUGCCAGGCGGGGGAGCCGGGGAAGUACAGUAUCGAGAGCAAGUAUGGGGUCCACACGCUGGAGAUCAACAGGGCGGACUUUGACGACAGCGCGACCUACUCGGCGGUGGCCACGAACGUGCACGGGCAGGUGUCCACCAACGCGGCGGUGGUGGUGAGAAGGUUCCGAGGCGACGAGGAGCCCUUCCGUUCGGUGGGACUCCCGAUCGGGUUGCCCCUGUCGCCUGUGAUUCCAUACAUGCACUUCGACGUGCAGUUUGUGGAGAAAUUUGGGGUCACCUUCCGGAGAGAGGGCGAGACCCUGACCCUCAAGUGCUUGCUGCUGGUGACGCCGGAACUGAAGAGGGUGCAGCCACGGGCCGAGUGGUACCGGGAUGAUGUGCUGCUGAAGGAGUCCCAGUGGACGAAGAUGUUCUUCGGGGAGGGCCAGGCCUCGCUGUCCUUCAGCCACCUGAACAAGGACGACGAGGGCCUCUACACCCUGAGGAUCGUGUCCAGGGGAGGGGUCAGAGACCACAGCGCCUUCCUGUUUGUCCGAGACGCGGACCCCCUGGUGACGGGGGCUCCAGGCGCGCCCAUGGACUUGCAGUGCCACGACGCCAACCGCGACUACGUCAUCGUGACGUGGAAGCCGCCCAACACGACCACCGAGAGCCCGGUCCUCGGCUACUUCAUCGACCGCUGUGAAGUGGGAACUGACAACUGGGUUCAGUGCAACGACGCCCCUGUAAAAAUCUGUAAAUACCCGGUGACCGGCCUCUUGGAAGGAAGGUCGUACAUCUUCCGCGUGCGGGCCGUCAACAGCGCUGGCACCAGCCGGCCGUCCAGAGUCUCGGAGGCUGUGGCCGCCCUCGACCCCCUGGACCUCAAAAGGCUGCAUGCAGCCCACCUGGGGGGACACAAGGAAACGGUAACCUAUCAGGAUGACCUCGAAGGCGAAGUGCAGAUUCCAGCACCUCCCACCAACGUGCACGUCUCAGAAACCAGCAGGACGUAUGUCGUCCUCAGCUGGGACCCCCCUGCUCACCGGGGCAAGGACCCGCUGAUGUAUUUCAUCGAGAAGUCCGUCGUGGGGAGCGGGAGCUGGCAGCGGGUGAACGCCCAGACGGCCGUCAGGUCCCCCCGGUACGCCGUCUUCGAUCUCGCCGACGGGAAAUCCUAUGUGUUCCGAGUUUUGUCGGCAAACAAGCACGGUCUGAGCGACCCGUCGGAAAUCACUGCCCCCGUUCAGGCCCAGGACACCAUCGCGGUCCCCUCGGCCCCCGGCCGCGUCCUGGCUUCGCGAAACACCAAGACGUCGGUCGUGGUGCAGUGGGACAGGCCCAAGCACGAGGAGGACCUGCUGGGCUACUACGUGGACUGCUGCGUGGCCGGGUCCAAAGUCUGGGAGCCUUGUAACCACAAGCCCAUCGGCUACAACAGGUUCGUGGUGCACGGCCUGACCACUGGCGAGCAGUACAUCUUCCGUGUGAAGGCUGUCAACGCGGUCGGGACAAGUGAGAAUUCGCAGGAGUCGGACGUCAUAAAGGUCCAGGCCGCCCUCACCGUCCCGUCCUAUCCGUACGGGAUCACGCUUCUGAACUGUGACGGCCACGCCAUGACCCUCGGCUGGAAGGUGCCGAAAUUCAGCGGCGGCUCCCCCAUCCUCGGUUACUACAUCGACAAGCGCGAGGCUCACCACACAAACUGGCACGAGGUCAACUCUCUGCCUCUCAAGGAGAGGAUCCUGACGGUGGAGGGCUUGACCGAAGGCUCAACCUACGAGUUUAAAAUUGCUGCCGCCAACCUGGUGGGGAUCGGGGAGCCGUCAGACCCCAGCGAGCCCUUCAAGUGUGAGGCCUGGACGGCGCCGCAGCCUGGGCCUGCCUACGACCUGACGUUCUGUGAGGUCCGGGACACGUCCCUGGUCAUGCUCUGGAAAGCCCCGGUGUACUCCGGCAGCAGUCCCAUUUCUGGGUAUUUCGUGGACUAUAAGGAAGAGGAUUCCGGAGAGUGGAUCACCGUCAAUGAGGCCGCCACCACCAACCGUUACUUAAAGGUCUGUGACCUGCACCAAGGGAAAACCUACGUCUUCCGCGUCCGGGCGGUGAACGCCAGUGGCGUGGGGCGGCCCUCGGACACGUCUGAGCCGGUGUUGGUGGAGGCCAGGCCAGGCACCAAGGAGGUGAGCGCGGGCGUGGACGAGGAGGGGAACAUCUACCUGAGCUUCGACUGCCAGGAGAUGACGGAUGCCUCGCACUUCACCUGGUGCAAGUCCUAUGAGGACAUCGCGGGCGACGAGCGGUUCAGGGUGGAGACCGUGGGGGACCACUCAAAGCUGUACUUUAAGAACCCGGAUAAAUCGGACAUAGGCACUUACUCUGUGUCCGUGAGCGACACGGACGGCGUGUCCUCCAGCCUCGUCUUGGAUGAAGAAGAGCUGGACCGUCUGAUGGCGCUGAGCAAUGAGAUAAAGAAUCCCACAAUCCCUCUGAAGUCGGAAUUAGCUUAUGAGGUUUUUGAUAAGGGCCAGGUCCGCUUCUGGCUCCAGGCUGAGCACUUGUCGCCAGACGCCAGCUACCGCUUUGUCAUUAAUGACAGAGAGGUGUCUGACAGCGAGGCGCACAGGAUCAAGUGCGACAAGUCCACCGGCAUUGUUGAGAUGGUGAUGGACCGGUUCACCGAGGACAACGAAGGGACCUACACUGUGCAGCUCCACGACGGGAAGGCCAAAAGCCAGUCCUCUCUGGUUCUCAUCGGAGACGCGUUCAAGGCAGUCCUGAAAGAGGCUGAAUUUCAAAGAAAGGAGUUUCUCAGGAAACAAGGCCCGCAUUUCGCGGAGUACCUGCACUGGGAUGUCACAGACAAGUGUGAAGUUCGGCUUGUCUGCAAGGUGGCAAACACCAAGAAGGAAACCGUUUUCAAAUGGCUGAAGGAUGAUGUUCUGUACGAGACGGACAAGGCGCCCGAUCUGGAGAAGGGAGUCUGUGAGCUGCUCAUACCAAAGCUGUCAAAGAAGGACCAUGGUGAAUAUAAGGCGACCUUGAAGGACGAGAGAGGUCAAGACGUGUCUGUCCUUGAGGUGGCUGGCAAAGUGUACGAGGAUAUGAUCUUGGCAAUGAGCAGAGUCUGUGGAACGUCGGCGUCUCCCCUGAAGGUACUCUGCACCCCGGAAGGAAUCAAACUUCAGUGUUUCAUGAAAUAUUUCAUGGAAGAUAUGAAAGUGAACUGGUAUCACAAGGAUGCUAAGAUUGCCUCGAGUGAGCACAUGAGGAUUGGAGGGAGCGAGGAGAUGGCCUGGCUGCAGAUCUGUGAGCCCACGGAGAAGGACAAGGGGAAAUACACCUUCGAGAUCUUUGACGGCAAAGAUAGACACCAGCGCUCCCUGGACCUGUCUGGUCAAGCUUUUGACGAGGCGUUCGCAGAGUUCCAGCAACUCAAGGCAGCUGCUUUUGCAGAGAAAAAUCGUGGCAAGGUGAUCGGUGGCUUACCUGACGUGGUGACCAUCAUGGAGGGCAAGACCUUGAACCUGACCUGCACAGUGUUCGGGAACCCCGACCCCGAGGUGGUCUGGUACAAGAAUGACAAGGACAUCGAGCUCAGUGAGCACUUCCAGGUCAAGGUGGAGCAGGCCAAGUACGUCAGCAUGACCAUCAAGGGCGUGACCUCCGAGGACUCGGGCCGGUACAGCAUGAGCGUCAAGAACAAGUACGGUGGUGAGAAGAUCGACAUCACGGUCAGCGUGUACAAGCACGGGGAGCCACUCCCGGACGUGGCGCCGCCCCAGCAGGCCCGGCCCAAGCUCAUCCCUGCGUCCGCGACCUCGCCCACCCACUGAGGCCACUGGGCCGGUGGCCACCCGCGGGGCCAGGCAGGCCGUCCCGCCCUGGGCUUUUAGUCUUGGCAUUUGGGUGUUAGUAGUUUCUGGCCUUCUCAGGGGAAGUGAGUGAUUCCCAGGAGGCUGUACCGCUUGACUGGCAGCUUGAGGUGAGCUGACGUCUUCACGGACGUUGGCGUGGGGGUUCUGUCCUCACUGUGGUCCUGUUUUCUGAUCUGGGGGCUCCAAAAGGCUGGUUGGAGAGCCCAUGGGUGGGUGCGCCUCCUUCUUCUCUGUUUUCUCUUGCUUCAGACGAAUAAAACUUUAAAAGGCAA